GACGUCGUCAUAAACAGGAAACAAACUUCACGGUCUCUUUUCAGGUGUUUUGAGGCUUCCGAACACAAACUGUUUUAAAGCAUUUUGUACAACAUUCUGCAUUUGAAAUGUCUUUCAUUUGUGGCGGAACUAGCGAAGCAAUAGAUGCCAAUGAAGAAGUGCAAAAAAUAUGCGAUCAGAUAAAGUCUGACGCCGAGAGUAAAGCUGGACGGAAGUGUGACGUUUUUAUCGCCAAAUCUUAUAAAACACAACUUGUUGCGGGGACAAAUUACUUCAUCAAGGUGCAUGUAGGUGGAGAUGACUUUAUUCAUCUACGUGUUUAUAAAACCCUGCCCUGUUAUGGAGAAACAUUAACUCUACACGGCCUGCUGACACCCAAGGCGCAUCAUGAUCCAAUUGAAUAUUUCGAGCCAAAUCUCGAGAUAGAUCCCCAGUCACAAUGAGUAUUUCCCACAGGACCAAUGAGUAUUUCCCACAGGACCUCAACAUCCAUUAUACUCAUGAUGACACUGUGUGUAUAACCAUCAUGUAACAACAUGUAGUACUAGUUUUUGUCAAAAUGUGUAGUAUGUUUUUCCUGAUAACAAUCGAAAGAGGACCCUCCCUGUCCCAUGCUGGAGUGAAACCAGAGCUGCAAUAAACUAGUUUAGAAAAUAACUUUCUCUAAAUAUUAGCUGUAUUGUUUCACAUAGCUUUUAAGUUCAUUUUCUCAGAAUAAAAAGAAUCUUGUCAUUAAUCUCAAA